CGGUCCGGCCCCCUGAAGGUUUCUGUUUUUCAAAAUAGUGCCAAACAACCCAAUCUCAAGCUUAGCUUCGACCAGCAACUGGCAGGAUGGCCACUCUUUCGCUUGACGAAGAGGUUCGACUAUACACAAACAAUGCCGAGCGAGAGAAAUAUAAUCUUCUUGGUACCUUGUAUGGGAUCAUCGUCGCACUCGACUAUCUUGAGCGCGCUUACGUUCGUGAUGCCAUUACCGCAGCACAAUACUCUCCCGCAUGCACGCGUCUUCUCUCGCAAUAUAUGACCAUGCUCAAGCUCGUCAAGGACUCCGUUCCUUCCAUCGACCAAUUCAUGGCGCGAUAUCGGAUGGAUAAUCCUGCAGCGUUACAUCGCAUACGAGUUGGCGUACCCGCGACUGUUGAACACUCUAGUGAGGCGGGACCUGAGACUGGGAAGUGGAUCGCGGAGACGACACAGAAUUUCAUUACCUUUAUGGAUGCGCUGAAGCUCCGGCUACGUGCAAAGGACCAGCUGCACCCGAUCUUGCAGGAGCUUGUGACAGGAUACGCUAGAUUUAAGGGGAGCAAGGACUGGGAGGGACGGGGGAAGAUGGUCAGCUGGCUCAUUACUUUGAACAGCAUGAAGGCAUCUGAAGAAAUUACUGAAGAACAAUCCCGGCAGCUCUUAUUUGAUGUAGACCAUGCCUAUGCCGAGUUCUUCAGAAGUCUAAGCAGCGGUAAGGAGGGAUCGUAGUGAAGUUGUUUAUACACCAGAAUCCUUGUAUUUACUACAUGCUCCCUAUUAUUUCAUUUUAGGUGGAUACU